CAAGAGACCCCCUUUUUAACCACAAACCGCAUUUUCUUUCAUUUAGGUGAUAUAUAUAUUUUUAAAUAGUUUAAAGUCAGUCGGAUUUUUGGGGGGAGGAUCCCAGCUUUCACCCUGGAGCGCUGCGCAAUGCUUUCUCAUGCCGACCUCCUGGAAGCUCGGCUCGGCAUGAAGGAUGCAGCGGCCGAACUUCUAGGACAUCGGGAGGCAGUAAAAUGUCGACUGGGAGUUGGGGGUUCGGAACCCGGGCAUCCGGGUGAUAUGGCUCCCAACUCCGAUGGUGUGGAAGGAUCCACUCUCCUUCCGGGGGACGACAUGACGACGGUCAACUCUAACCCCUCUGGACAGGUUGUCACUAAAGACUCAGAUAAACAGCAACAAAAUCAGAACCAAACGGGACAACAGGGCCAGCAAAAACAGAAAAGGCAUCGGACUCGCUUCACGCCCGCACAGCUGAAUGAACUGGAGAGAAGUUUCGCCAAAACACAUUAUCCAGACAUUUUCAUGAGAGAAGAGCUGGCGUUACGAAUUGGACUAACAGAGUCCAGAGUUCAGGUCUGGUUUCAGAACCGACGUGCCAAGUGGAAGAAGCGCAAGAAGACCACCAAUGUAUUUCGAGCCCCUGGAACUCUACUGCCCACACCAGGCCUACCGCAGUUUCCUUCUGCUGCAGCUGCAGCUGCAGCUGCCAUGGGCGAUAGCCUUUGCUCUUUUCAUGCCAAUGAUACCCGCUGGGCUGCCACUAUGCCUGGUGUUUCCCAACUACCAUUGCCACCAGGUCUGGGCAGGCAGCAGGCCAUGGCACAGUCCCUGUCUCAGUGCAGCUUAGCAACAGGUCCCCCUCCCAACUCCAUGGGUCUUUCAAGUGGUCUUACAUCUGCCACCAACAGCACGGGCCUGCAGUCCCACCUGUAUCAGCCUACAUUUCCUGGCAUGAUGCCUACCUCCUUACAGGGCCAUGGUAAUGUAACAGGGGGAUCCCCCCAGCUCUGUAGCUCCCCGGACACUAGUGACGUCUGGAGGGGGACCAGCAUUGCAUCUCUUCGUCGCAAAGCCCUUGAGCACACAGUCUCCAUGAGCUUCACUUAAUAUGGUUGGUCCACCAAGGAAGUCUUGACUGAAUUCCCUCCAUUUUAUUUAUGUGCCAGGGAGUCGACUCAGGAUUUGAAAUCAGACAUACUGCUGAAAGACUAGUCUGUACAUAAAAUAUGAAACACAAGUACACUGAUUUUUGACUGUCACAGACUGUUUUGUGCACCAGGGACAAGAAUAUAAAUUUUUGGGACUUUGUCCUUUCCAAGAUUUAAUAUAAAUUACUUGGUCAGCCAAUGCACAAACUGCUUAGUUACUAGCCCAAUCCAGCUUUUUUAAACAUAUAACUCUGGCAUAAUUCAUGAAAUUAAAAUGGUACUUAAGCACAUUUGUAGGGUUUAGAACUGUUUGCAGAAAAGAAAGAAAGAAAAAAGUGUGGUCAUUAAGAAUGCUAUUUUGUGGAGAAACAAAUGUAUUUACAUGCAAAUCAAAGAGAGCAGAUCUGUAACUAAGUCUGAUAACCAUAAUGGGAUACAGAUAUUUUUAUCUGUAAUGUAAAGUAAACCUACUGAGUUUCUGGGAAAUUUUGCAGAUAAUUUGACAUUUUUUUUGUCCUUACUGUAUUAUUCUGCCACAUGAACUGCAUACAGAGCAGAAUUGUGGCACUGACAAAUUGUAAACUUUGAAGUUUGUACAGCAAAAACAGCAUUUUUCUGCAUGAGCUGGCCAUAUCAAAUAACUGGGAUGAAAUAUUUAUAAGAACAAACAAAAGCGAACUAGGGCCUUUUGUGUAGAUAAAGCAUUCUUGUUACAUACUGGUCGAUUUGUGAUAUGUUCUAAUUUAUUGUUUGUGCUUAUUAACUGAAUUUCAGUUUCUAAAUAAACGUUUAACUUAUAUGAACAUUUUUUUUAAACUUUUUGCUCUUUUCCCCUUUUGCCACUGUAAUGCAAAAUUAAGUAACACCAUUUUAUUGUAUAACAAAUGUCUCACACUGUAUUUGAAAGGGGAAAUUAGAUGUGAAUUUCAAAUGAAGAACAUUUUUUACUGCA